ACGUCUGACACUCCAGAACAGAGGAAGAACACAACAUCACUGACACUUGUCUCCAACUACACAAAAUGGCUUCUAAAUACAUCACAGAAAUUGCAAUCUCCACUGACUCUAAAAGGGAACAACAGCUUCGUGGCCAAGGCUUUCACAUGAUGAAUGUAAACCUCAACCAAGGCAAUUCAUCCACCACCAGAGUUUACAUGUGGUACAAAAAGGGCAAUGGAGAACCCAUCACCAGAGUCCAGUUCUCAUUCACUGAUGGAAUGAAAGAUGGCCUGAGGAGUGCAGGGUUCACUGAGCUCCCAGAAAACAUCAACUCUGGAGCAGAGGGAGAUGUCAUCCAUCUGUGGUACUUUAGUGGUGCAAGCCCUAAGUAUGACAUUCCCAUUGUAGAUCUCCUACUCACCACUAAUGUGAAUGCAGAGGCCGCUCAAUUCAAAUACGGCUGGGAAAGGCUACCGUGUGAUCUGAACCGCGGUAGUUUAGGAGAUUACAUCAACCUCUGGGUGAAGAGAGCGAGUCAGACCUACAUCUGUGACGUUGCUGCCACCACCUCAUUCCAAGAAGACAUCAACCUUUUCAAGGAGGGCUACAUCCGGAUGGAUGAAGAUCUCAAUAGAGGUGCUGGAGGAAACUGUAUCUUCCUCUGGUACCGUCAAUCCACCGAUAACAAAAGCGGGGUCAUCAAGAUGGAUGUCUCCAUCAACCAUGAGCAGGAUUUCAGCCUACAGCAGCGUGGUUUCUCCGUGGUGAAUGUUAACCUCAACGAGGGAACAUCUGGUCGGCCAGUGUUUGUCUGGCUCAAGAAAGAUGGAUCUCUCCCUAUCAAGGCCUUGACCGUUACAUCCAACCACAAGGCAGACGGUCCUUAUGAGGAGGCCGGCUUGGUUUCCAUCGCGAAAAAUCUGAAUACUGGCAACAACGGUGUCCCCCUCUUCCUCUGGUAUGGCAAGUAAAAACCAGAGGUGGAGAGGAAGUGUCAGACUAAAAAUGUGGAAGAUGUUAGCUUGUGCAUGGCAUUUUCUCUGUCUAUUUUCUGUUAAAAAAUAUCUUAUCUUUCCCGUCAAAAAUAGAAAUAAUUAAAUGACCCUAAAUGUUAGCUUCAUGUAAUAAAGUCACUGUCAUAGAUCAUUAAGGAACGUUAAGGUUGACUUUAAUGUUCUUUCCAAUCUAUUCACAAUUGAAU